UUGUCUAUAAACUUUGUUAUCAAAUGUUUUAAUUCCAGUAUUUUAUGUGUCAGAUUUUAUAAUGCCGCAUUCAAUUGUUCAUUUUUAGUUUAAUGAAGUGUAACUUUAUAGCCAUAGUGUUGCUCUCACAUUUCUUUACCUCAUAUGAGUGGGGCGGGCUGUUGGGUUUACAGUGCAGUGUCAGUGGGUCCUCCGUGUGCUCCACUCUCACACAGUGUGGCAUAGCUCUGCUGUUCAGAAACCAUGAAAGGAUCAGCAAUGUUUCUUUUAGGAGUAUUACUGAUAGAGACAUGGCUUGGAUUUAUUCAUACACACACUGAUCUGGAGCCUGUUCUACACGAGUCAUCUCUUCUCAAACCCACAGUAGUCAUUGCAAUUUUAGCCCGUAACAGUGAACAUAGUCUUCCUUAUUUUCUGGGAUGCAUUGAAAGACUGGACUAUCCAAAGGAUCGCAUCUCUAUUUGGGCUGCUACUGACCACAAUAUUGACAACACCACGGCUAUGCUGAAAGAAUGGCUCUCUGAAGUGGAGAGUUUGUAUCACUUGGUGAAACUGCAGACCAUGGAGGUGGAGACGAGUUUCUAUAUGGAUGAGUUGGGACCAAAGCACUGGCCUGACUCUCGAUUUACUCAUGUGCUGAAACUAAGGCAGGCUGCACUGAGAUCAGCCAGGGCACAGUGGGCAGACUACCUACUGUUUGUAGACAGUGACAACCUGCUGACAAACACACAAGUGCUAAAUCAGCUGAUCGCUGAGAAUCUUACACUGGUUGCUCCAAUGCUGGAGUCCAGAACACUCUAUUCCAACUUUUGGUGCGGUAUGACCCCACAGGGAUAUUACAAACGAACACCACAUUAUGUGCCCAUUCGGAAUUGGAAACGUAUUGGUUGCCACCCCGUUCCCAUGAUUCACUCCACCAUGCUGAUUGACCUGCGUCGGUAUGCUAGUGCAUCCCUGGCCUUUUACCCCGUCCACCAUUACUAUGUCUGGACUCUGGAUGACAUCAUGGCAUUUGCCUUUUCUGCAAGACAAGCCGGUAUGCAGAUGUUCGUAUGUAAUAAAGAGCAUUAUGGGUAUCUGCCACUCCCUUUGAAGACAAAGCAGAGUCUGGAGGAGGAGGUGGAGAGCUUCAGCCACACUGUCACAGAGGCACUAAUUUACUUUAAAAUGGAAACUUCACAAUAUCUGCACACUCCCUUAAAACCCAAAGAUACCAUGGCAUUCAAUCAGGUCUACCUGAUCAAUCUAAAGCACAGGUCAGAUCGUAGAGAUCGUAUGCUGCGCUCGUUGGAGGUGCUGGGCAUAGACGUUACCAUCACAGAUGUGGUGGAUGGCAAAGCCUUAAAUUCAUCUCAGCUGAAGGCUUUAGGUAUUGAAAUGCUGGCAGGUUAUAAAGAUCCUUACUCUGAGCGUGUCCUAACUAAAGGGGAAGUCGGUUGCUUCCUCAGUCAUUUCAACAUUUGGAAAGAGGUGGUGGAGCUCCAGCAACAGCAGGUGCUUGUACUAGAGGAUGAUGUGAGGUUUCAACCCGACUUCAAGAGCCACCUUAGUAUCAUCAUGGAGGAUGUGAAGCAAUCUGGACUUGAGUGGGACUUAAUUUAUGUGGGGCGUAAACGAUUGCAGAUCAAGCACCCCGAGCACUGGGUGGAGGGAGUGAAGAACCUGGUGAGCCCAGAUUAUUCUUAUUGGACUUUGGGCUACGCCCUUUCACUGCAGGGGGCACAGAAGCUUCUGGAUGCAAAGCCCCUCAGUAAGAUGCUGCCAGUGGAUGAGUUUCUACCUGUUAUGUUUAACAAACACCCCAAGAAGGAAUAUAUGUCUUACUUUAACCCGAGAAACUUAAAGGCUUUCUCUGUAGAGCCUCUGCUUCUCUUCCCCACACACUACACCGGAGAGCCGGGUUAUUUCAGUGACACAGAGACCUCCACUAUCUGGGAUGACGAGACUGUGGCCACUGACUGGGACCGCCAUCACAUCCGUAGAGACCACAGUCGUGGUGAUAAGACCCCAACUCCUAUUUCUGAGAGUAGUGGAAAAGAUGAACUUUGAUUACAGAAUUAUUAUGGAAUUGUCAAAUGUCUUAUAAAACAGCAUGGACUUGGGUAAAUAAUAUGGAAAAGGGGCCAAGUUGAGCAUUUCUUUGUUGCAGAUGUAACUGGUAUGGUUAGCCAGGCAUCUGUACCAGUCAAUAACUUAUUAAUUGAAGCUAAACACUGAACAGGUAAUACAAUGCCUGAUAUUAUAAAAUGUAAAUAACUUGAUGAAGUGAAUGAUGGAUGAAACAAUAGUUCAAGCCAUUAGAUGAAGUUGGGUAAUACAACGCUCUUUGAUAAAAUACAUAAUAAUACAUGAUAUUAUAUAGUUCAUUGUUGCAGUAAGGUAUACAAAUAAAAUACAGGACUGUUGAUUUGUAAAGA